ACUGUCACAACAAAGUGGCAUGAACCAGGGGUUUCCUAAAAGCAGAAAUCUCUUGUCUCAGUGUUCUGGAAAUGAGGAGCAGGUGCUUGCAGGAUUGCGUACCCUUAGAAGCCAUUAGAGGAGGAUCUUUGCCUGCCUCUGCCAGCUUCUGAGCGCCCCAGGUGCUCCUCUACUCAGGAUUUAUUAUCCAUUUUCAACCUCUUUCCAGUGGAACCAAAAAGACAAGCUGAAUAGGCAGGAGGCUUCUCGGGCCGGAAAUGUCUCUGCCCCUAACUAACAUGGCGUAAAGAUGCUUUCCGUUCUCCCCACGCCAGUAAUUGGGUCCCGCAGCUUCUCGCGAUUUUACCGGUGGCCGUUUGCUUAAUCAGACACCUCUCUAUGGUCCUCCCUAGGAAGGCGGGACUACGAACCAAAUGCUCUCUGGUGAUUGGUUGAGGGGCGCUGUAGGAACGUGGCUGGGGGAGUUGGCGAGUCCACGCUAGGCAUUGAUUGGUUGCCAAGAGGCUGGGCGACUCGACCGCUUCGGAGGCUUCCGCCGCGGCGAGGAGAGCCAUGGGUCAGGCGGCGAAGGUUUUGCAGCUCUUUAAAACAUUGCACAGGACCAGACAACAAGUUUUUAAAAAUGAUGCUAGAGCAUUAGAAGCAGCCAGAAUAAAAAUAAAUGAAGAAUUCAAAAGUAAUAAAAGUGAGACUUCUCCUAAGAAAAUAGAGGAGCUAAUAAAAAUAGGCUCCGAUGUUGAACUGUUACUGAGAACAUCUGUUAUACAAGGUAUCCACACAGACCACAAUACACUGAAAUUGGUUCCUAGGAAAGACCUUCUUUUAGAAAAUAUGCCAUAUUGUGAUGCACCCACACAGAAGCAAUGAAUUUUCUAGGAUGAAACAAAUCUGUGUACCUUUCAAUUUUAACAUUUGUAACUGUGGCAAAAAUCCUAGGUUUACGUUCUUCUGGCAUAUUGAAAAUUAAUAAGAAUAGCUUCAUAAUUAAACUUCGUGUUAAAAGAGCA